AUGAAGAUCGUCAUUGUAAUUCUACUGAUGCUAAUCUCUCCCAUUGAACAACGUCGUUACGAGGAUGACCUACGUGCACUAGAUGAUCUUCUAAGUAACGGGCACAAGCAUAAUUAUCGCCCAAAGCGACCACAUACCAUCAAUCACAUUGAUGAAGUCGAUCAAGAUGUUCCUUCACAUGACUAUGAAAAACCAUCUCCAUCGCGAUGGAAAGUUCUUGAUGAAAACGAUGAUGCUGGCGAAGAAUCAUCUCCUUCGCAUAAGAAAGUUCUUGAUGAAAACGAUGAUGCUGGCGAAGAAUCAUCUCCAUCGCAUAAGAAAGUUCUUGAUGAAAACGAUGAUGCUGGCGAAGAAUCAUCUCCAUCGCGUAAGAAAGUUUUUGAUGAAAACGAUGGUGCUGGCGAAGAGUCUAACAAUAAUGACGACGACAAUCGAUUAAUUCCAGCCAAAACUAAUGUAGAUGAUUCAUCUGAUAAAUCUUCGUGUGUUAGCACAUACGAUGUUAGACUCGAACAAUUAGUUGUAGUAAAAAAUGGUGCACAUAUGAUAAGACAUUUUCUUGUCGAUAAAAGAACAUUAAAGCCUAAUCUUAAUGUCCAAGACAGUUGUAAGACUCGUUGCUGUGAAGAAAAAACAUGCGAUUUAGCAAUGCUGAGCGAAAAACCUACGAACGACGGCUUUAAAUGUUAUCUAUUCGCUUGUAAUGGUAGUUGUCCAUUCACGUCACAUCAAGAUUAUAAAAUUAUGAUACCGAAAAAAAAUUCCGCAUACUAUACAAAAUCAAUCAUGACAAGUAGUACUAUUGAAGAAUCAACAGCAACUACGCCGUUUACUGUAGUCGCAACUAAAAAAACAUAUUUUCGUGAAAUAAGUGUUAUCUUGUUGCUUGUUUUUGGUAUUCUGCUAACAAUCAGUUCAUUUGUUUUACUCUGUUAUUAUUGUCGGAAAUCACGAAAAAUGGGUCGGAAAUUAAAAAAUUAUUCUGUUGACGCUGAUUAUUUGAUCAAUGGCCUUUAUCUCUAG